UCUACAAACUGACCUUUUCAAACAAAUUUCGUAUUGGAUAACCAAAAAAAUAAACCAUAUAUAUAAACAUCAUAUAUCAAUUCAGUAUCCAAAUUCCUCUGAGACUCGUCCACAAACAUCAAUUUGAACGAACCAUCUAUAAAAAAAAACCUUUGACAAAAUAAUUCAAAACAAUGUACUCUUCAUCGUCUGUAUCAAAACGCCUCAUUUUGAUCUAUGUCUUGGCCAUACAACUACUCCUUAUAAACAGUGAAUUGUCCUUAAACACGACCAAUGACUAUCUCAACCACACAUGUUUGGUUAGUCAAGGAAAAUACAAGACGGGAAGUGAGUACGAGAAACUUAUAAAACAUAUCAUGAAAAUGUUCUAUAUAAACAGUAUCAGAGGUUACGACCUUUUUGGCGAUUCUACUUUUACCGCUGUCCUCCAGUGCCGCGGCGACUCCUACGGGACCAAGUGCCGCGACUGCUUUGUCACCGCCCUCGCUGCGCUUCGUAGGAGAUGUCCAUGGUACAAGGGGAGGAUAAUAUGGUAUGACCAAUGUCUUCUCUCGAUGGAUUCCAAAUAUUCUGUUGGGCAGAUCGAUUAUGACAAUAACUUUUGUAUGUCCAACGCGAAGAAGGUGGUAGAAGAUAGAUCUGAAUAUAUAAAAGUUUGGAAUAUUCUCGUUGACGAUCUGACGGAAUUAGCCAUCACUGGAGAUAAUUCUACAUUGUACUCUGUGGGGGAGAAGCGGUACAAGGGUGGUGAUAUGGUAUAUGGAAUGGUGCAGUGUGCGAAAGACUUAUCGCGAAAAGCUUGUCAGGAGUGUUUGUGGUAUAAUAGCUUUCAUUUUCAAGAUUGCGUGAAUUAUUUUCGAGGAGCGAGAGUUGUAGGUAGGAGCUGUACUUUUAGGUUUGAAUUUUAUCCUUUUAUUGCCAAGCAGGUCCAUAAUAUUUAAAAGAACUAAAAGUAUUAAAAAUAUUCAAUUAAUGUUAAAUUAAUUCAAUCAUAAGGUUUUUUUCUUUUUUUUUUUGCUGGAUAAACUCACUUUUAUUAAAUAAAAAUUACAAAGUUAUUACAAAAACUACUGAUGAAUCAAAUUUUUACACAUGCACAUAUUAUAUAUGCCAUAUGUUAAAGACAAUUUAAACAAAUAACUAAAUUAUCGAUGCUUUUUUAUCAAAGCCUUAUGCAAAAGUUGUGCUUUGUGAACCACGCGUUAGUGGUCCAGUGGUGGUUGAACAAUCUCGCUCCCUUCCCUUCCUUCGGGAGGUCUCGGGUUCGAGGGCCAACUCUGGCGGAUGUUGCUCUUGAGAGACCUUUGGGCCUAAUACGGACACUUCCAACUGCGAGUGGCCACUGGGCUUAUUACAUGAGGAUACCCAGCUCCCGUGGAUGCCUUCGGCGGGCUCCGGCGGGCCCUUAG